AUGCAAAGCAAGGCAGCCGCGAAGCCACCAGAUGCCGGUUCAGAAUGCCGUGCAAGUAUGCAAGAUACGCCCGGGGGGUCCGUCUUCUUUUCCAUGGUUGUUUGCUCUGGUAGGAUUGCCGGCCAGCUCGGCGUUUGA